AUGAGAAAGACAGACCUAGAAGAUAUUCGAAGAGUUUAUGAAAAGUAUGGGGAGGUUCUUGACGUAGAUAAAAUAAAGAACGGAGCAAAACAUAUUUUCAAAUAUGUUAUGGAUAUUCCUGGAUCUUUGCUUGACUAUCCAAAAGUAAGGCAUCUUCGUUUCUUGGCAAAAGAAAAGAUCAGCCAGAUUGUAAGCGAGAUAAGAAGUCAGCAUAAUGAAGGAGACAUAGAUUCAAAAAGAACAUUGGAGUGGAUUUCAGCCAUUAAAAAUAUUAGAAAGGUCCACUCUGCAAUUGUAGGAUAUGAGUCUGCUCGUAUAGCAUACUGGAGAAAGAUCAGCGUGAUAUGUGCUAGAGAAUUGAAAAGAGGGCUUUCCAAGACAUCCAGAACCAAUCCUAUACUUAAGUCAAAGAAAAUAUACAAAGAACUAUUUGGACACAUAAAGAAAACCGAAAGAAGCAUGAAGGACAAGUCGAAGAGAGCAGAGAAGGAGGAAAUGGAAAGGAAGAAGAAGGAGAUGGAAGAAAAAGAGGAACUUCGGCAGAAAAGAAAGUUUGAGUAUCUCCUGAGCCAGACAGAACUUUUUUCUCAUUUCAUAUUGAAGAAGAGUAAAUGCGAUGUUUCAAAUACAGAAGGAGAAGGGACUGAAGAAUAUAAUAGCAUGAAGGGAUACAAGGCAGCCAUGCUUCAAAAGGAAAAGGUAAAAGAGUUUGAAAUGGGCAAGCAAGGAAAGAAAUUCAAGAGCGGAGAAGAAGUUGGAGAAGUAGCAUCUCGAUAUGUAUCUCAGCCAAGUAUCUUAAAGUGUGUUCUGAAGGAGUAUCAAUUGAAAGGAUUAAACUGGCUUGUUAGUCUGUACGAUAAAGGAAUCAAUGGAAUCCUUGCAGAUGAUAUGGGCCUUGGAAAAACAGUCCAAUCGAUUUCGCUGUUAGCUUAUCUUUAUGAGACAGAGGAGAUCCCGGGGCCAUUCCUUGUUGUAACCAUUUCUUCAACACUCGACAACUGGGCUCAGGAAUUUUCAAGAUUCCUUCCUAGCUUUAAGGUAUGCCGUUUUUCAGGAUCUCCAAGUGAAAGAAAGGAGCUGAAGAAGCAAUUCAAGAAUUCGGACGUUGUUAUUACUACAUACCAAACAGCAGUUAGCGAUGAGAAGAUGUUGAAAAAGAUCAAAUGGCAGUAUAUGAUUCUUGACGAAGCACAAGCCAUCAAAAGUAGUAUGUCGAGGAGGUGGAAAACUCUUCUGAGUUUCAAGGCAAGGAAUAGGCUUCUUUUGACAGGAACACCGAUACAAAACUCUAUGCAAGAGUUAUGGGCUCUUCUCCAUUUUAUAAUGCCUACUUUGUUUGACUCUCUUAGUGAGUUCAGUGACUGGUUUAGCAAGGAGAUAGAAACUUCGGCAACUAUGAAAAAGACUGUUGAUGAAAAGUCUUUACAAAGACUUCAUACUAUUCUAAAGCCAUUUAUGCUCCGAAGACACAAAUCCGAUGUUAUUCAUGAACUAGGGCAAAAGACGCAAAUUGAUCUAUAUUGCAACCUGAGCUAUAGGCAAAGAGUACUAUAUAAGGAAAUAACUAAAUCUUGCUCAAGUAUGGAGAUGGAGAAUCUGCUUAUGCAAUUGAAGAAGGUUUGCAACCAUCCAGAUCUGUUCAAGAAAUUGGAGCCGACUUGUGGAUUGAGCCUUGAAAUUAGUGAUGGAGUAGGCGAUACUAUUUCGUUUGGUAGAAGUAAGCUAGACAUAAAAAUUCCCAGUCUUAUCGCAAAGGAUGCACUUGAGGUGUUCCAUAGAAGGGAACAGGAAUUAAUUGAAAGAAUCAAUGCACUGGAGAAGAUUGCUUAUGGAAGGGGAUUCUGGGGAUGGUAUUUAGAGAACAGCUUAGACUUCAAAUAUAAGGGCCGUAUUUUUAGAAGUGUUAAAGAGGUUGGUAAAUCUAUAUUGAGGAAUUUCGAGAAUUUAGAUUCCAACAAGUUAUUAGAGAGCCUGAAAAGAUUAAUGAAUGAGGAAAUGUACUGCUUAAAAAGAUAUGCUUGCUGCAUAAGUCCGGUUGUUGCUACAGUACCUAGGUUGAUUUCUAAUGAAGUGGAGCUCCCGGGUAUAUAUUUGGAAGAUGUGCACAUUCCACUUAACACAACCAUCCACGUCCCUCCACUCAAUACUUUCAUUAGCGACAGCGGAAAAAUGAUAAUUUUGGAUGAAUUAUUACCGAGACUUAAAGCUGAGGGCCAUAGAUUAUUGAUAUACUUCCAAAUGACACGGAUGAUAGACCUUAUAGAAGAUUAUCUUGUGAAGAAGGGAUACACAUACCUGAGACUGGAUGGGAGUCUGAAAGCUUCGGCCCGGGCGGACGUGAUCCGAGAUUGGCAAACAAAUGACAAAUUUAUUUUUCUAUUAAGUACCCGUGCUGGAGGACUAGGUAUUAAUUUAACUGCUGCAGAUACAGUUAUUUUCUACGACAGCGAUUGGAAUCCCACUGCUGAUCAACAAGCAAUGGAUAGAGCACAUAGACUGGGGCAAACAAGAGAUGUAACGGUGUAUAGGCUUAUUACAAGGGGAACGGUUGAGGAAAAGGUUCUAGAAAGUGCCAACAGAAAAGACGAGAUACAGAAAAUGGUUAUUCAUGGAAACAUAUUUGAAGGAGAGAACUUUUGA